AUGGUUAUUAAUAAAAUCUUUAAGUUUUUGUUGUUGCUACGGAAUAUAUCCGACGAGAAUGACUCGUUUUGCUUUGCGUGAUUAGAUGACGGCACUGCAUCUCUGAAUUAGGAUGUUAUAGGCCAGGAAGAUAUGAAAAGCCUGUAGUGUGUAAGUGCAGCGAACAGUUUCGCCGGUCGGGGCUGCUCUUUGUCUGACACGGAGAGUAGUCAACGCGUGCUCUUUUGUUUUGGGCUUUGUCUUUGUUUAACGGCAAACGGGCGGUUUUUGUUCUCGUUUAGGCGUCCCGUGGUUGAAAUAUUUGUUUUGAAAUAUGCACCGCAUGAAGAAAUAUUUCACCGAGGGACUCAUUCAGUUUACGAUUCUGCUGAGUUUGUUAGGAGUUCGCGUGGAUGUCGACACCUAUCUGAGCGGCUACUUCUCGCCCUUGAUAGAAACAGACGGAGGGCCGAGCUCGGCUUUCAUACAGACCCCGUUUCACCACUACCGGGACACAGCGGCGGGCUAUCAGGUGCAUCCGAAAUGUCCCGAGCUGGACUAUUUUUUCACUAGCCGCAGGCUCCUGAAUGAAGUGCGUGCGCUCGGGUCCCCGGCCCGCUUCCCCACGCGUGUCAGCGCAUGGCUGGUGCACCUGGUGCCUGAUGAUGGAUCUGAUGCAGGUGAGCCACACGACCUGUCAGGGGACCCUGAUGACGAGGAGAUAAAUGACGACGAUCACCGGGAAGAGGACGAUCACAGCACCGGAGAGGGCUUCGGACGGUCAGUUUCUCAGGAUAGCACUGUUUCAAGGCCCUGUUGUGCAGCCGGAGAACUUUCCAAAGAGGAAACUUUACUGAACCAAGUGAAUGAAGAGGAGGAGGAGGUGGUGAAAGAUGAGAGAGGGCAGGAGGACACCAGACCAGAUUCACUGAACCAGCUGACUCAGAGCUCUGCAUUAGAGCAGGAGGAUUUGCUGGGUAGUGGUACCCUUCCUCCACCUCUUUCUGGGCUUGAGCUUCCUCCACGGUGGCAGGACUUCCUCUCUGAAUUUGAUGAUUUUGACUCCAUGGUCCCCCAACGCAUGUCAGAUUUAGAAUCUGAAUUUCCUAAUCCCAUCAGCUAUGACGUAAGCCUUCAAGAUGCCAUGGUAUCCAGAGGAGAUACAGCUCAUAGCAGGCCUGCAUCUUCCCGAACACCCCUCUUCCGUCUGGAAUCCACAAACUCUUCUCACUCAGACCCGUCUCAGAGCUCAGCAGGAGCACUUCCUUCAUCGCUCUUCUGUUUGUCUGGGAACAGCUCUCGUAAUGACACCUCCCCUUCGCAGAUGGGAGGCUAUCUAGAUGAGGCUGUUUUUGACCACAUCAAUAUGCUGGAUCUUGGAAAUCUUGAUACGAUCGACCCUCAGAUGCUGGACGGCAGGGAAGGGGACAUGGACACUCCAUGGCUGGAAGAUUCAGACUCUGGACUUUCUUUGGAGAGCAGUUCAAGAAGCCCUGCAUCCCCGUCUCUAUCGUCCGAUUCAUUUUAUGAGGAUGAGGGUGGAGCUACAGGCUAUAGCAGUGAAGUAGAGUCUUUUUCUUCAAAAGGCGGAGCUUGUGCGGCUGCUUACCGUGAUUGGUCGCCUGUGAACCUUGUGGAAAGCGUCUGGCACGAUCAUACCUAUUCAACCCCGCAGGCUCAGAAUUCUACAUCAUCUAGCUGGUUCACAGCUAUCAAACAGGAAGUGAUGAGUGAAGAUGAGGCCGAACCCGAGGAGAUGAGUCGUGACGAACGUCGCGUGCAGUCACUGGGUCUUCCGUUUUCUGCCUUUCAGAUUGUCAACAUGCCAGUAGAAAACUUCCUGGAGCUGCUGGACAGUCUGUCAGGAUCAGAAGUCACGCUCUUGCGUGACGUACGCAGAAGAGGUAAAAACAAGCUUGCUGCGCAGAAUUGUCGCAAAAGGAAGCUGGACACGAUCCUGACCCUGCAGGGUGAGGUUGAUGGCCUGUCCGUGAAACGGGAUGCUCUCCUGCGCCAGAGAUCCCACACAGCCAAAGCACUUUCUGCUGCUGCAGAGCGAUUCGAAACACUCUCGCAGACUGUGUUGAGCCAACUUCGGGAUGAAUAUGGACAUCCUCUGAACCCUGAGCACUACACACUGCACUGCAGUGCUAAUGGACGGGUGAUGGUUCAGCCUCGCACAAACACAACGUCAAGGACAAUGACAGGUAGCAAGACAAUGAAGAGAAAGAAGAACAAGAAACCCUAAGAGACUUUUUGAGAGUGUGUGUGUGUGUAUGUAUGUGUGUGCAUGCAUGUUUGUGUUGACAAAAAUAUUUUUAGGUUUUCUGAAAGGUGAGUUUUUAUGCUUUUCUGGCCGUUCUUUGUUCCUAAAAGCCAUUCGUAACUCAAGCGGAGGGCAGAAAGACUGUAAUAAAUACACAUGGGAGCAUAGGAGUACCGGUAGUCUUGUUCACUUGCAGGAGAAAAUGUACUGAAAACACUGGACAUUGUGUAUAGUAAGAGUGUUUAUAAAAAGUAUUUCUAAAGAGCACAUUUGAAAAUUAAAAUUCAUAUUGUUUUUUUUUUGUUUGUUUUUUACUUAAUUUAAAUGGCAAGUUACUAAUUAAAUAAUCAUUUUAUAUGGUCACUGGAGGACCAUGUUAAAAACUGUACAUCACUAUUUCUUGCCAGAAUGUUUGUGUAUAUAGAAGAAAGAAAUGCAUACAGGUUUGGAACAACAUGAGAGUGAGUAAAAUUGUAUGGUAAACUAUCCCUCUAAUAUGAGGAACCCCACAGAAAUGACCUUAAUUUAAACUAUUUGGAGACAUUAGAAUAAAAUACAACUUUUCUAAGGCAGUUACCUUCAUAACCGUAUGUAAAAAAAAUUCUCACCACUGAGAUCAAUAAAUUCAGUUAUUAUAAUAUGACUGUGAAUCUGACAAAAAGUUAUCACUCUGUUUAAACUGUUUUUGUACAUUAUCUUUGCAUUUUACAUUUACCGUAUGCACUUGCCUAACAACGAUUAUAAUGCAUUCUGCUGCUUUUUAUAAAGGGGUUAAGAGUUUGGAUUGCGGAUUUGUUUUCAGUUUGAUUUUCCUUUAGGUUAUUUUUUGCAAUCUGAUUGUCACAAAUUAAAUAUACCCAUAGAAGUGGUCAUCUUUGAAGUGAAGUCACAGUAAAAACAACAAAUAAAAAAGUAAUUAAACAAAAAUAUGGAAUUGGUGAGUAUUGUUCUACCUCAUUCACAGUUACACAAUUUGGAAAAGGCAAGUACUUCAUCAGCUUAAUGAGUAAUUGUUUAGUGAAUUAGUAUAAAAAGGACCCAAACAAAUUAACCUCUUGUGUAUUUGCUUUAUUGGCACAGUGUUUUGAUUUGUGUUUGACAGUAGGAGCAGUUUUUCAUUUUAUUUUAUUUUUCAGUUUUUCUAUAUGUGUGUGUUUUUGAGCAAUUAUUUGUAUGUGUGUGUGAGGAGAUGGUAUACCUUUUAUAUUUUAAAAAGGGAUGUUCAAAAGCAUUUAAUGAAUAAAGGAGGACAAUAAAGUUA